GCUGGACGCCCCAGGAGUCACACCAUGUGCCUGAGAUCGUUGUGUCCAAACACUUCUUGGACUCCGACAAGCUUGGUGCUGGGGAUGUUUCUCUGGGAAACCAGUUCAUUGCUCAACCAUCUUCUAAGAGGGAAAGUCCAAAUUAAUCUAGUUGCUGAGAUGGCGUAAAAAUUCAUUAUUUUCUUUUUAGAAAAUUAAUCCUUGCUCACAGUGAGACCUUACUGACCCGUAGGGUUGCGGAAUGAAACCGAGUGUAGCUUUUCAGAUACCGCUUGGCACCUCCGUUUUCGCUGUGCUUACAGGAAAUGCCCGACAGAAGCACCCGGCGGUGCGUGCACACAUUUCCAGUCAGCUGGGGAAACACUUGCUUGAGCAAAGGGGUUUCAGGCCCUUCCCAGCAGACUGUGGUUCCUGUUUAUGUGUAAUUCCCCAUACCCAUUCCUCUUUUUGCCACCCCUUUAAGGGGAAGCAUGCCCUUUGCAGUGAUGAAAGGCAGUUCCACAGUUCAUCAUAGCAUAAUUUCUAUCACGAGUCUGCCAACGAGAGAAGUUACUUUUUACACAGGAGGCAAACCAGCAGCACAUUGUGAGCCACUGAGGAGAGCGACUCCAAGAAGUCACAAAACAAUGCCCCAGUUUCCAGAAAUGUGUUUCACAAAUACCAAUCAUGCUACGUGACUUAGACAUUUACCUGGCAUAAGUCUCUUAAGUUUCUCAUUAAGGUGUGUGGUAGCAGACCAAAUAUUUGUAGCCCUACAUAGUAAGUUUCUUUUGAAGGUCUUUCAGUGAGAAUUUAAGUGUCAGGGAAUCCUGGGUAAUUUAUUAAUGUUAGAUAUAUUUAUUGAGAAUUAAAUCUAGAGUGGCCCUACGGAUUUCCUUCUGCUUUUCAGUGGAGCGUGUGGAAGAGUAAGAGCAGUAUCUUAGGAGGAAUCAUGGUAGCUGGAGAUUGUUUAGCCCCUGACAGAUAAUAAUUUUGAUUGUAAUGUGGAUCUUGCACUGUCAUUUUUGCAGACUCUUUACAUAACCAUGCAUGUCAUAGAACUGCAAGACAUUAUUAAUGCAAGACAUUGUUAAUCACUGUUAUAACACAAAGUUAUCACCUAAGGGUGAAAUUAUCAUUAUAUGUACAUGAAUGUGGACAUCUAUUUGGCUAUAAGGAUGCAUACAUUUUAUAAGUUCCUAAACUACUUUCUUGAAUUUAAGACUUUUACACUUAGCAUUUUCUAAUUUUUUUUCUCUUUCAAUUUUCAGUAAUUGAUUUCACUUGUAUUGUUUCACUAUGGUAAUACUGCAAAUGGGUUUGGAAUAAAUAAGCAUUAGUGAUUGAACACUUCCACUCAUCUCAGAUUUCACUGAUGUUUGUUAUUAUUCUGUCAUCAUCUUUCUAAUGGAUUUCAAAAAAGAUACCUGCCCUUUAGUAAAUAGAUAACUAUAAAUAAAGAUGAAAAGACAUUUGGCUAAUUUUAAUAGAACAUAGUAGUAUUCAUGGCAUUCACAGACUGUAUUAAUCUACUUCCAGUGGUUGCACUGGUAAAUCUGAAGGGUUAAUGGCAUGCAAUUAAUGGUAAUAUGCUUAUUUCCCUAUUUAACAUGUUGUUCAUCUGUCCUUAUAGUACCUAGGCAUACAAGCAAGGCCAGUGGCAUCUCAUACUGUCAGUGAAUUGAGGAGAUCCUCUGCAAUAAGAGUCUCUAUGUUACAGCAGUUAAUACACAGUACCAAUUGUGUGUCUGGUUCUGUAUUCAGCAGAAUAAUAUGUAGGUUAUGUUUAAGCAGUUCUGCUGUUACAUUACAAAACAGGAAUGAAUAUUUGUUUGAAGAAAGGUAUUAGGAUGACCUUAGGAUUUUAUCUCAUCCUAAGGAUGGAUAGCAAAGUCUUUCCAGCUAAGAGCAGGCAAUGGGGAGGUUUGUAUGUAACGUCAUUAUAAGGUGCCAUUUGGAAAUCAGCUGUGAAUAGUCUUAUCAGCCUCAUCAGCAUUAUAGCAGAGAAUUUUCCAUAUUCUGUUGCUUACUACCUAUCCUAUCUCUCAAUUUCAUUUUUGGAUGGCCUCUUUUACUCGAGGCUGAGAAAUUAAAUAUAAUGUACAGAAUAAGCCUCAAAUUGAAAAAGUAGUUUUUUAGAUUAUUUCCUCUGCUUCCUGAAUCAUUGAAAUAUUAAAUCUUGAAUGUGUUAUGAUAUGCUAACCCAGAAAAGUAGGUUAUAGUUUGGUAGUUCAGUAUUUAGAUCUCAGCUAUGGUGGAAUUUCUUACAUUAUACAGAAAUAAAGAGAGGCUAGUUUAUGUCUUUGCCAGGACAGUAACCCUGUGUUUGGGCAUUCAGUACCAAAGUCACUGCUCUGUUUUAAUUAAAAGAAACCCAAACAAUAAACCAAAGCCCACUCAUUGUUUCCAUGUUCACUGUUUAACGUAAUCACAACACUGCUGGAGCAUGAGAGCAAUUAUUAUUCCAUUCCCAUUAAAUGUAAAUUAAACUAAGACAAAUGGUAUGUUUAUAAACCAGCCUUGAUAAGAGCCUGACAAUUAAACUGGUAUAGCAGAAUGGAUAAAAAAAUACGAUAAUGCUUAUAGACUUAGAUCAUUAUUAAGUUCAGAUAGUAGGGUGUUGAAUUUCUUUUUCAAAAUAAGUACUUAUUCUCAUGUUAAUUUAAUGAAGGUAGAAAGUUGGUAAAAAGAUUAAUUUUUCUCCUGUUUAAUAUAUUGCAAAGCAUAAAAACACGAAGUUCAAUAAUAGAAUAGUGAAGAUAUUACAGUAAUAUUGUAUGUGAAAAGUACAUCUGGAGAAAAGCAAAUGCCAUUUCACAAGCUGUCAGUAGAUGGCACAAACCUGUAUAUAAAAGUUUGGGCGUUCCUAAGUAUUGUUACUCAGUAGGAUAGAGUUACAGGAAGCUUUCUUUUUGUGUUUUCCUGAGAACUUUUCUGCUUUUUCGGACAGCAGGGAUUUCUGAAUUAGAACAAGGAUGGACAGUUAAUAAAAGUAUUGAGCGUCUCCAAGGAAACAGAAAACAGUAUGACACAAAAUACGAGCUUUCUCAAAAACUUUAUUUUUUACGAGUGUCUGUUUGCAUUAACUUUUUGGAACCAUGUCAGCCUAUCUGUGGAAGAUGAACUUUUUGCACCUGUUUCUAACAAUUUUCCAGAAGAUGGUUCUAACCAAAAAGUCAAGAGCCUGCCACUCCGGUAUACAAAGGACCAUCCAUACAAAACUAAUUUUGACUGGGUUGUGAUACAAAAUACUACAGAGAGCUUGUCAUUGUCAGAAAUCACAAAUGACAAUGUAAAAAAAUUGGUAGCUUUAUUAUCUAAUUUUAGACAAGGAUCCAGGUUACAAAAUCUGACACUGACAAAUGUGUCACUGGAUUGGAAUGCACUUAUGAAAGUUUUUCAGACUGUAUGGCACUCAUCCAUUGAAUACUUCAAUAUUAACAGUGUAACACAACUGUCAGACAUUAAAAGUUAUGACUUUGACUAUUCUGGUACCUCAAUGAAAGCAUUGACAAUGAAGAAAAUUCUAAUCACAGACUUAUACUUCAUACAGGAUGACCUAUACAGAAUAUUUGCAGACAUGAAUAUUGCAGACAUGACAAUAGCUGAUUCAGAGAUGAUUCAUAUGCUUUGUCCUUCAUCUAAGAGUCCCUUUAGAUACCUAAAUUUUUUAAAGAAUGAUUUAACAGAUUUUCUUUUUCAAAAAUGUGACAACCUACUUCAGCUGGAGACAUUAAUCUUGCAGAAGAAUAAAUUUGAGAGCCUUUACAAGGUAAGCUUCAUGACCAGCCACAUGAAAUCACUGAAAUACCUGGACAUGAGCAGCAACCUGCUGCGCCACGAUGGAGCCGACGUGCAGUGCCAGUGGGCUGAGUCUCUGACAGAGCUGGACCUGUCCUCCAAUCAGUUGGCGGAUGCUGUGUUUGAGUGCUUGCCCGUCAACAUCAAAAAACUCGGCCUACAAAACAAUCAGAUCAGCAAUGUCCCCAGGGGGAUGGUGCAGCUGGAAUCCCUGGAAGAGCUGAACCUGGCAUCCAACAGGCUGGCUGACCUGCCAGGGUGCAGUGGCUUUCCGUCCCUGCAGUUCCUGAACAUAGAGAUGAAUUCGAUCCUCACCCCAUCUGCUGAGUUCUUCCGGAGCUGCCCAGGGGUCAGGGAGCUGCAGGCCGGGCACAACCCGUUCAAGUGUUCCUGUGAACUGCAGGCCUUUAUCCGCCUGGAGAGGCGGGCAGGGGGGAAGCUGUUCGGCUGGCCGGCGGCCUACGUGUGCGAGUACCCGGAAGGCUUGCGAGGAACGGAGCUCAAGGACUUCCACCUGAGCCUGCUGGCUUGCAACACGACGCUCCUGCUUGUGACAGCUCUGCUGCUGACGCUGGUGCUGGUGGCUGCGGUGGCCUUCCUGUGCAUCUACCUGGAUGUGCCGUGGUACGUGCGGAUGACAUGGCAGUGGACGCAGACGAAGCGCAGAGCUUGGCACAGCCCGCCCGGAGAUCAGGGGGCCGUUCUGCAAUUCCACGCGUUCGUUUCCUACAGCGAGCGCGAUUCGCUGUGGGUGAAGAACGAGCUGAUCCCGAACCUGGAGAAGGGCGAGGGCUGCGUGCGGCUGUGCCAGCACGAGAGGAACUUUAUCCCUGGCAAGAGCAUUGUGGAGAACAUCAUCAACUGCAUUGAGAAGAGCUACAAGUCGAUCUUUGUGUUGUCUCCCAACUUUGUGCAGAGUGAGUGGUGUCACUACGAGCUGUACUUUGCCCAUCACAAGUUAUUCAGUGAGAAUUCCAACAGCUUAAUCCUCGUUUUGCUGGAGCCUAUCCCUCCGUACCUUAUCCCUGCCAGGUAUCACAAGCUGAAAGCUCUCAUGGCAAAGCGCACUUACCUGGAGUGGCCGAAGGAGAGGAGCAAGCGUGCGCUAUUCUGGGCUAACCUGAGGGCAGCCAUUAGCAUUAACCUGCCAAAAGCUGAUGAAAACUGGCAUGAGGAAAUAGAUGAAGAACUUUUGUAAUGGAGUUUCAUCUGUUUUGUUUUUUUUUAGUGAAACAAUAAAUAUGAUUUCCAUUCAUUGUAAAUGUAUUUAACUUUUUGUUACACAGUCUUGUUUCUAACUAGUUGUCUGUGUUGCCUCCUAACUGUAGUCAAAAUUCAAUUCACUGUAUUGCAAAUCUCUUGAGAUAGCAAGUUGCAAAUUAAUUCGAAUUUUGAAAUA